AGUUCAAGAAAACUUUGGAAAAGGGUCCGUUAAUCCUUCUUAAAGUGACAUUUGGACAAAAAUUGUACUAUUUGCAUUUGGAGGAUAACUCGGGAUUCGAGAGUCAGGAGUCUAUAUGUGAGGAAAUAGAGACACUUGCUAGUUACUCUCUCUCCUCUUCUCUCUCUCUCUCUCUCUCUCUCUGUGCACUCUGAUACUGGACUGUGUGGAGAUUUCAGAUCAGGUGCAAAAUGCAAGGGGGAAUCCAGAAAGUGCUGUCACAUGGGGGAGUCCUAAAGAAUGCAGUCCUGCAACACAUUCGUUUGGUGAAUCCGGUUGUGCGCCCCCUUUUGUUUCCUCGCUACGAGUCUGUUGCCUCAGCUCGCAUGGAAGAGCAUGGUUUUGAAAGCACCACCAUUGCGGACAUCUUGAAAGCCAAAGGUAAAAGUGCCGAUGGCUCCUGGCUUUGGUGUGCUACAGAGGACACUGUUUAUGAUGCCGUGAAAUCGAUGACGCAACACAAUGUUGGAGCCUUGGUUGUCGUGAAGCCUGGGGAGCAAAAGUCGAUUGCUGGGAUCAUCACGGAGAGAGAUUAUCUCAGGAAGAUCAUAGUACAGGGAAGAUCUUCCAAGUCGACCAAAGUCGGGGACAUCAUGACUGAAGAGAACAAGCUCAUCACUGUCACACCUGACACCAAGGUUCUGAAGGCGAUGCAACUCAUGACAGAUAACCGCAUCAGGCACAUUCCGGUGAUCGAUGAUAAGGAAAUGAUUGGCAUGGUGUCAAUUGGAGAUGUAGUUCGGGCGGUGGUGAGUGAGCAUAGGGAGGAGUUGGACCGCUUGAAUGCAUACAUUCACGGUGGCUACUAGAUGAUGAUGAAAACGAUCAAAAUAAGCUGUUAGGCUGUCGGACAGUACUUUACGGUACAAAAACCGCUGAGCUGACUCUGCUUUUGUAAAUAUAGUGUUUUCCUGCUUUGUGCAUCUUCCAAACGUUCUGGUCCUCCAUGUGCUGGUGUUGGAUUUUGCCAGAAUCAGCAUGAGAACUGCGAGGUUAAUAAUAAGCACUUCUGAGCCA